CAUCAAAUGGAUAUGGAUAUGGAUGACGAAAUUGAGUUUAAAUGGAUAUGGAUGUAAACCCAUCCGCUCCAUAUCUGCUCCAAUACCAUUCUUACUCAUGAAUGUAGAUUUCUAAAACACCUAUAGGCAAGUACAAAAGAAAGGUUAAUGUGUUGGACUAAUCUAUGAUGGAUUCAUCUUACAAAUCCUCUUAUACACGUCACUAAUCCUAUUGAGUGUUAGCGAGUCCUCCUAAGUUUAUGAAAUUAAUGACGCUUGUUGUAAGUUGAUAUGUAAUUUGUAGGAGGAUAUAAUAAAGCUCAUGUCUUUUAUCACUCUUUUGUUAUGAGUACACUUGGAAUUUAUGUAUUUUAGUUUAAAGUUUGCCAAAAAUAACUUUCGCGGCGUUUUUUUGACUUAUUUAAAUUGCAUGCCGUUUAUGUAAAUAAAUUCAAUGAUGGAAAAAGUUUCUCCAUGAAAGGAAAUUUGGAAGGUAGUAAAUAAAUUUUCAAAUAUUGACGCAUAUGGGGUUGGAGGCGGGCAUAGUCACAACGCCGGCCCCAUAACCUAAACAGGAUUAGCAAGUACAAAAGAUUGGGUAAUGUGUUGGACUAAUAUUCGAUGGAUACAUCCUACAAAUUAACAUACAAAUCCUCUACACACAUCACUAAUCCGAAUGAGUGUAAGUGAGCCUUGCUUGUAAGUGUAUUAAGUGAAUUACGUGUCUUAUUCAGUCUUUGGUAAUGAGUACGCUUGGAAAAAUGUAUUUUACUUUAAAUUUUGCCAAAAGUAACUUUCGCGGGUUUUUUUUUUUUUUGAAUAAUAUAAACCGCACUGCCGUAUUUGUAAACAAAUUCAAUAAUAGAAAAGUUUACCCAUCAAAAGGAAAGCUGGAAGGUAGUAAAUAAAUUUCCUUACAUUGGCAAAAUAUAGACGUGGAUGGGGUUGGAAUGGUCACUACCCAGCCUUUAACCUUAACGGGUGCACAACUUAUGGGUGGUGAUUUCCAUCGUUAUAAAUAGACAUCAAUACGAGGUUUGUUCACACCUCUUUCUGUCUUUAUUUCUUAGAGUGGUGGUGAGAUAGACCAAGGACCCAACAUUCUCUUAGUUUUCAUUCUUUCUUUUCUCUUUUCGUAAGAUACUAACUCUUAGACUAAAUCAUGGUUAGAACUAAGAUAGACGUUGGCUUUAUCGAGAAUGUUCAAAGGAGAAGAGUGUGUUUCUCCAAAAGGCGAAAUGGCUUGGUAAAAAAAGCCAAUGAGCUAUCUGUGCUUUGCAACGCUGAAGUUGGCGUGAUAGUGUUCUCAGACACUGGGAAACUCUACGAGUUUGCCAGUUCAAGUAUGCAUCAAGUACUGGAGAGACACAUGAGAGCUAAUACUGGGGCACCACCAUCGCCAGCACAAGCUCAACCUGAUAUGUCACACCUAUUGGCACAACAAGCAGAGGAGAUAAGAAGGCUUAAAGAUCAAGUGGAAAUGCUAGAAUCAGAAAAAAAGUUACUGUUGAAUGAUCUGGAGGUGCUGGCGGGCAAAAACAAACCUAUCUGUUAUGAUAAUGCUAACUUGGAAACGGCACUCACGUUAAGGCCACCUUUCAAUUCUGACCCGAGUGUCCCUAAAGUUUAAAUGUUAAUGAAGGAAUCAUGUUCAACCGAACCUCCAAGCUGAAUGGAGAUGUGAUGCCAUACGAGGUUUGGAUUGUAGAAGCGGAGACUUUGAAACAAUAUCUUCUGUCUUUAUCUCAUAGUUUCUGUCCUUUACUUUUUCGUUUUGUUGUUUUCUUAAUUUUUCGAGCAAGUUCUUGUGGUUAAAAUUUAUCUCAAUCUUGUGUCUGACUAUAUCAGUUUAUUGUUGACUUGGGUUUUUAAUCAAGUUCUUGUUGGAAAUUUAUCUCAAA